AUGGGUUUAUUUGGCGCAUUAGCAGGAGUUGCAUCCAGAUUUUUGCCCGCAGUGGGAACAAUAGCCAGAGGUGUAUUUGGAGUUGGAAGGAAGAUUUUGAGUACAUUAGGUAUACUUAAAGAGAAAGCACAACCUAUUAUACAAACUGUACAGAAAGGUUGGGAUGUAGCACGAGAUGCAACAAAUCUUAUUCCAAAUCCUGAAACAAGAGGAAAAGUUCAAGGAUGGAUGGACAAUGUAGGAAGACAAGCAGGAAACUAUUAUAACAAAGCAAAUGA